AUGUACAAAACAUUUGCAAACAAUUACACUCCAACAAAACAUUACAAAAAUAGCCUUCUUGGUGUGAUCAAAACUCCCGAUUUUUGUUUUUUGAAUUGUAAAUCUUUAAUAUCUCUUAAGUUUUCAAAUUAUGUUAUUUCUUUUGGAAAGUCGGCUUUUGAAAUGUGUGAAUCUCUUGAAACAGUUGAUAUACCUAACAAUAUGAAAGAAAUUGGAGAUACAUGUUUUAAGUUUUGCACUAGUCUCAAAAUGGUUAAUUUGCCAGACAAAAUAAAAUCACUUGGUAAUUCAUGUUUUUAUGGGUGUAUUUCUAUUACAUCUCUAACAAUUCCAAAGAUGGUAACUGCACUUGGGAAUUGUUGUUUUAAAGAUGAUUUUAAUCUUUUUUCAAUCGAUCUUCCAAAUGCUGUUUCAUAUUUAGGAAAGGAGUGCUUUUCUGGCUGUUUUUACCUUAAUGGUUUUAAAUUUCCAAAUGUGAAAUGUAUCGAGGAAAAAUGUUUUAAAAGAUGUGAACAAAUUGGUGAAAUAAAAAUACAAGAGAGUGUAAUUGAAAUUAAAAACAAAGCUUUUUCAAAUUGUGGGUACAUAUAUAUAAUUCACAUUCCAGAAAACGUGGUGACGUUUGGUGCUGGAUGUUUUCUUGGGUGUAAAGGGUUUAUUGAUAAAAUAUCUAUUCCUUCUAAAUUUGACGAUGGAUAUUUCAAGAUAUCAUUUUGUCGAUUAACGGGGUUGAAAUUAUCAGAUUGGAAUACGUGUAUGUAG